CUGACCCUCCGUUUCCCCUCCAGCAUGGCUCUCUCAACAAGUACCACCACAGCCACCCCCUGCGGGAGCGUGCCCGGAAGCUCUCCCAGGGCAUCCUGGUCAUCAGGUUCGAGAUGCCCUUUAACAUCUGGUGCGACGGCUGCAAGAACCACAUCGGGAUGGGCGUCAGGUACAACGCGGAGAAGAAGAAGGUGGGGAAUUACUACACCACCCCCGUGUACAGGUUCCGGAUGAAGUGUCACCUGUGCGUGAACCACAUCGAGCUGCAGACGGACCCCGCCAGCUGCGACUACGUCAUCGUCAGCGGGGCCCGGCGCAAGGAGGAGCGCUGGGACCCCCGGGACAGCGCCCAGGCCCCGCCCCCCUCCCCGGAGCACAAGGAGCGCCUGGCCCUCGAUCCCAUGUUCCGCCUGGAGCACGGGGUGCAGGACCGGGGGGUCCUGGAGCGUGAGACCCCCACCCUGAGCCGUCUGCAGGAGGCCCAGGACGCCUGGAGGGACGACUUCGGGCUCAACAGCCGCCUGCGCCGGCAGUUCCGAGAGGAGAAGAAGACGCUGCGGGAGGAGGAGGAGGAGGCAGCGGCGCUGCGGGCGAGGGCCGGGCUGAGCAUCCCCCUGGUGCGGGAGGAGGAGGAGGAUCGGCGCCUCGCUGCCCUGCUCACCCGCCGCACCAUCGCCCCCAAGAAGCAACGCGUGGUCCAACAGCAGCAGCUGAAGAAGGUGAGGGGGGGGCAGGAGGGUCUUGGGGGGACUCCAGGGCCCCCCCCGGCCCCUCCUGACCCGCCCGUGCCCCUCCAGCGCCUGGAGAUCGGGAUCCGGCUGCGGAUCGAGCGCGAGGCCGCGCAGCGCGCGCAGGGAUCGCUCCCGAAGAGGCUCUCGGUGGUCGCGGCGCCACCGCCCCCCAAAAACGGCAAAGCCAAGAAGGGCCGCGGCUGA